AUGACAAUCACAAAAAUACAAAUUUCUGAAUCGUUUUUGUGGUGUGACUCCACCAUUGUAUUAGCUUGGUUGAAGACAGAUCCCGCUCUAUUAAAAAUGUUUGUCAGUAAUAGAGUUGCUGAGAUUCUGGAUCUUACACCAGGCAUUGCUUGGAGACAUGUCGGCAGUAAAGACAAUUCUGCAGACAUAGUUUCAAGGGGUGUAAAAACACCAUUGGAAUUGGUAGAAUGCAAUUUGUGGUGGAAUGGACCAGCCUGGCUAGUAGAAGAAUCUUGUAAAUGGCCGAAUAGACCUGCAGAUGUUGUAAAGGAAGAAGCUAUUCCAGAGCGCCGAGUACUUGCAACAAUUGAGGUCAAUAUUGACGAUAGUUUUUUGGACCAUUUAGUAGAUAGGUUUUCCAAAUUCAAUAAAAUAGUCAGGGUGGUUGCAUAUUGCUUUCGGUGGUUCAAAAUAUUUCGCUCUCGAAAACCAGAUGGACAACCGGUAUCAGAUAUUUUGUCUGUUGACGAUUUAAGGAAAGCCUCCAGACGCAUUUUUUACCUAGCCCAAAGGAAAGGUUUUGGUAAUAUCCCUGAUCAGUUGAUGUCCGGUGAGUUGUCCAGUACAUCUUUAGGAAAGCUGAAGGCGUUAAAUCCCUUUGUGGACGCCGAAGGCUUACUAAGAGUAGGUGGUCGACUAGAGAAUGCGGAUAUUAGUUAUGACCAAAAACAUCCAAUCAUUUUACCAAAGGCCAAUUUGGCCAUUGACAUUUUUAUUCGGUCAGAGCAUGAACGUUUGCUACAUGCUGGUACCCAAACAACCUUAGCAAAUAUCAGGUUAAAAUACUGGCCUAUAGAUGGUCGCAAUACGGUCAAGCGCAUAAUACACAAAUGUGUAAAGUGUGCUCGGUUUAGGGCUACUUGUGCAGAGCAGCUAAUGGGAAGCUUGCCAAAAGACCGGGUCACUGCUUACAGGCCAUUUCAGAUUGUAGGAGUGGAUUUUGCAGGGCCAGUGUUACUGAGAGCUAGUCGAUUGAGGAAGGCACCUCGCAUUAAAGCUUAUAUAUCCCUGUUUGUUUGUAUGGCCACUAAGGCCAUCCAUAUUGAAUUAGUGUCGGGAUUAUCGACAGACGCCUUUUUAUCGGCCUUACGUCGUUUUAUAUCAAGACGUGGGUGCUGUUCAGUCAUCCACAGCGACAACGGGAGAAACUUUGUAGGCGCAAAGUCUGAAUUGCGGCAAUUAGCUACAUUAUUUCAGUCCGAUAAGUCAAAAGGGGAAUUAAUCACUGCGUCAUCGAAUUUAGGUAUUACAUGGCAAUUCACGCCUUCCCAUGCUCCACAUUUUGGAGGAUUAUGGGAAGGAUCUAUCAAAGUGAUGAAACAUCACAUUAGAAGAAUUAUCGGGUCUCAUUGCCUCACAUUUGAGGAAUAUACAACGCUUCUAUGUCAAAUCGAAGCUGUACUAAACUCUCGACCUAUUCUCGCCCUUACGGAUGACAGCACCGAUAUAGCUUACAUCAGUCCGGGGCAUUUCAUUAUUGGAAGUGCAUUAACAGCCUUUCCAGAGCCUUUUAGUGACGCAUCCAAAGUUAAGCCAAUUAAAUUAUUUAAACAGAUAUCAGCUAUGCGUGACCAAUUUUGGUCACUUUGGUCAAAACAAUACCUUAAUGAUUUACAAAAAAGAAAUAAAUGGACACAGGUCCAACCAAAUAUUAAUUUAAAUGCAAUAGUGUUGUUGAAGGAGGACAAUUUGCCUCCAUUACAUUGGCCUGUUGGGCGUGUAAUAGACACCAAGCCAGGUCAAGAUGGCAAAGUUAGAGUAGUGACAGUCAAAACUAGUAGUGGGACAUAUACUCGUCCAAUUACAAAAAUUGUUAUUCUACCCUGUCAAUAG